ACCGAAAUGGAAUAGUCUAGGAAAUAUGGAUCUGGAAAGCGUGCGUGACCACACGGUAAAACUCACGGCACAUUGGUCAACUUGUUUAAACGUCAUGAAAGCUACGCACAACACCUGAUGAGACAAGAUGCCUCGUUCAAGGUCACCCAUCUCCUCAGGUCCCAGGCAGGAAGGUCAUUGGUCAAGGUCAAGGAUGGACAGGAGAGAUAGGUCACAUGACAGGGAAAGAUCUCACUCAGGCUCAACAAGGAACAGAUCUCAAAAUACACCCAGGUCUCCAAGAGAUGAAAAGGACUUUAGAGAAAGAACACAGUCGAGGACAACCUCUAGGGACAGUCAGAAAAGUAGAAGCGUCUCCCAGUCAUCUUUGGCAUCCAAAGACUCUGAAAGGAAGAGACGGCAAAGCAGACACUCUUCAAGUAGUAGCAGUAGUUCUGAGUCCAGUGACUCAAGUGUGGAAAGAAGAAAGAGGAAGAAAUCAAAAAGGAGGAGAAAAAGACGAAACAGUAGUUCGUCAUCUAGUUCUUCUUCAUCGGAAGACACAAGAGGCCACAGCAAAGGGAAAGUGAAAAAGAAAACAAGAGAUAAUGAAACCUCGAGCAGUGAAAGUUCUUCUGACAGUUCUCAAGAGAGGAGGAGAGCAAAAAAGAAACUGAGAAAGGAAAGAAAGAAGAAGAAAAAGGCUGAGAAGAAAAGAAAGAAGAAGGAGAAGAAGCAAAGAAAAAAGGAAAAGAAGAGGUUAUCAGAGAUGGCAGAAAGUGGAGUGGUGCAGGGACCUAUGUUAAUCCCACCUGCAAGUGUUAAUGAAGCUAAGCCUAAGGAUGAUGGAGAGAAGGCUCGCUCCAUGCGCCCAAUGACAAAGGAAGAGUGGGAGAAACAACAGAGUGUUGUUAGAAGAGUGUUCGACCCUGAUACUGGAAGAAAUAGGCUGGUAAAAGGAGAUGGGGAGAUUAUUGAAGAAAUUGUGAGCAAGGAGAGACAUAAGCAGAUUAACUAGCAAGCCACACAAGGAGAUGGACUCAGCUUCAUGCGGGGUCUGGGCCUGAAUAAAUAAGUGCAUGAAAGUUUGAGGUGUUAUGAGUUAUAAUAUAGUUAGUGGUCAGUAAGAUGUAUUUUCUUUCACUAGUGUUAUAUACACUGUCAAAGUUAGAUACAGACACAAAUGCAUCCACAAGAGCUUCAUAUUGAAAGCCAUGGAUGUUUCUUAUGAGCUCAGGAUAAUGCAUGUCUAGAAAUUUGUUAUCACCUAUUACUGGUAAAUUGAGUUAAACAAUGAUAAAAAUGGUAAAGACCUAUGCCUUGAUGAUGGUAAUAGCUAUCAGGAUGUAAAUGAAUUUAGAAUUGAUAAGAAUGACCCUGACUAUUCUACAUAAACGUCCUUGGAAUGACCUUGUGUUGAUUUAUGCUUUA